CUCCUCCUUCGUCAUGAUUUUUCCCCUCUCAAAGACAGCUCUCUCGUUUGUUGUCGUCAUCCUAGCUUUGUUUGCCCCUGCUAAAGGUGCUUCAUUUGGCAAACGUGUUCAAAGCAACGCACCUGGCUGGGAUCCGCACUCGACACCAUUUCCUCCUGUCCAUCGUGGAGAUGUAGUAUUUCAGUAUCGUUCUGAAGCCGCAAAAGGCAAUGUAUCUGUUCCAGAUCCGUACAAUUCGUUUGAAACAUCAAAUGCAGAAGACUUUAUCAACUCGCAAAUUGCGUUCACCAAGACAUACUUGGACAAAUUGGAAGACUUACCUGCGAUGCGUACUGCCAUCUCUGAAGCGACUCCCCAGACAUUUCGACCUCCUCGUGGUUUUGGACCUAAAGGCGAUCCUACAUACCUUUAUUACACCAACGAAGGUCCCGACAAGAGCGGAAAGUUACACAUUGCCAAGCAAAGUGAUCUUGAUGAAGCUGCCAAAAAUCAUUUUGCUACUUUACCCGGCAAGGUGUUCAUUGAUGAAACUUUAUUAGGCGGAGAAAUACUUUGGUAUUAUCAAAUCUCUCCCGAUGGAACAAAAUUAUUAUACUCAACCGUUGACACAAAGACGAACCUUAUUGGCAAAAUGUAUGUUCGCGACGUCUCCUCACCGUUAACCGAUAAAUCAAAACCGACUCAAGAAGGAGGAUUUGGUCGCUACACAGAUGUGAUUACUGAUUUGCAGGCUGGCAGUGAAGCAUGGUCGGGUGACAGCAAGAGCUUCUUCUACAAAGGAACGGAUACAUCUGUCAAGUAUCACGUCAUAGGUACAGAUAGCAAGGACGAUAUUACUGUCGUCCAGCCAAAUAAGGAUGAUCAAGGUGAUUGGUGGGUUCAAGUAAGCAAGGAUGGAAAGUAUCUUGUGCUUUAUGGCACGGUGAACGGUUUUGACAAUAGCAGUGUUUAUGUUGCUUCUCUUGAUCAAGGUGUUUCAACUUCAAUGAAAUGGCUUUGCAUUGCACCCGAUCAUGCUUCUUCUUGGAAUUAUAUAACAAACUUUGGCAAUGAUUUCUAUUCCCAAACAUCUUCAAAAGAUGCACCAAAUCUACAGGUUGUUCGCUUUACACUCGAUUUCACCAAAGCUACCAAGACUGAUAGCAGCUUCAGUACUUUCGCUAAAGGUGCCGAUAGUGUUGUUGUUAUCCCUCAAAGGUUAGACGCAAGCAUUGCAUAUUUUGUGAACUUCGAUACGGACAAACUUUUGAUCAUUUACGAGAAAGACAAUGCUCUCGAAUUCCAUGUUUUCAAUCUCAAAACAGGCAUGAAACUUCAAAAGAUAGACUUGGAUGUUCUGUCUACUUCGUAUGAAGUACAUGCAUCUCCCUUUGCAACUCAUGUCUAUCUGAAAAUUUCAGCCUUAAACUCGCCUGGCCAACUCUAUGACUUGAAAUGGAAUAAGGAUUCAAAUCAAUUCUCAUACCAGUUGGUGUACCAGCAAAAGAUCCACACCAUUGAUCCAGCAGCAUACACCGUUCAACGUCUGUCAGCCCCAAGCAAAGCAGGAGAUGUCAAAGUGCCAUUCUUUGCUCUUCAUCGUAAAAAUUUGAAAUUUGAUGGCUCGCAUCCCGUCAUAAUCAACUUUUAUGCUGCAUAUGGGUAUGUUUUACCAACGUGGUACGAUUCUCAUCAUAUGGCAUUUGUGCAUAAUUAUGAUGCAGUCUACAUUCUUGCCGCUCCACGUGGUGGUGAUGAAAUGGGUGAAGGUUGGCAUAAAGCAGGACAAUUGCAAAACAAGCAAAACACAUUUGAUGAUGUCCUUUCGGUCAUCCAAUUUGCCAUCGAUCAAAAAUGGACAAGCCCAGGAAAGGUUAUUCUCAACGUUCAAUCUCCUGCAGCAUUAGCAGGCGCAGCAAUCGUGAAUCAAGCUCCCGAAGGAUUGAUUGGUGCUUAUAUUGGCACGCAAGGAUUGUAUGAUAUGUUACGAUCUGAUCAAUCACCAAAGAAGGCAACUCGGGCUGCUGAAUUUGGUUCGCCUUCCGAUCCCAAAGCUUUCGAUUGGUUACGCGAGUAUUCGCCUUUACACAAUAUCGAUCCCAAAAAGACCUAUCCAACAAUUCUCAUUUAUCCACUGGAUGGCGAUGCAGACACCGGAGGAGAGGCUUGGCAUAGCUUCAAACAAGUUUCUGAGUUGCAAUACAGCUUGCCAAAUAAUCCGAAUCCAAUCUUGUUAGGUAAUGGCACUGACACACAAGAAGAACGUAGUGCAACCGCAUUUGCUUUGGCCGCACAUACACUCGGCUCGAAAUUAGUAGAGUGAUUCAUAGACAAAUGUUCAAGUG